GCCUAAUAGACAGUACCGGUAUGUCUAUCGGUGUCGUCGCCGAUGGCGGCGGUAUUGCCGACACCAUUGGCCACAAUGAUUACUGGCCAUACGAUUGGCUAUCUAAUUGUUUGGACGAGUUUCGUGAAAUUUAUCUACCGAUUCACGGCUGGAUUAGUGUAAUUGUUUGCCUGUUUGGCAUAAUAGCCAACAUAUUGAACAUAACGGUGCUGACCAGAAAGGAAAUGAUUUCGCCGACAAACGCCAUACUCACGGGACUGGCAGUUGCCGAUAUGCUUGUGAUGACCACAUAUUUGCCGUUUUCAAUACACAACUUCAUUAGCUAUGGCCUAACGGAUAGCGAAAAAUAUUCAAAAGGUUGGGCAGUGUUUACCCUAAUUCAUGCCCACUCGUCGAUAGUAUCGCAUACUAUAUCCAUAUGGCUGACCGUUAUACUGGCCGUCUGGCGAUAUGUAUCUGUCAGUUUUCCGACUGAUAGCAAACAAUGGUGUAAUAUGUCUCGGGCCAAGUGUGUCAUAUUUUUCAUUUACAUUGCCUGUCCGAUAUUUUGUAUACCCAACUAUCUGACAUUUACAAUCAAUAGACACCAAUACAAUAAUACCAUCACUUAUAAGGUUGGUCUAAGCGAACUGGCCAAAUCGGUAAACUGGCCAACCGAGGACAGUUCGCUAGUCAAGAUAAACUUUUGGAUGUAUUCGGUAAUUACAAAACUGAUACCGUGUAUAGCCCUGACCUACCUGUCCCUGGCAUUGGUACGGGUACUCUAUAGGGCCAAUCAACGCAAACAGCGUCUCAAACAUCAUCAUCAUCACAAUCAUCAGGGUAUAGGAGGUGGUGUCGGUAUCAACUAUAACAGUGUAUCUACCGGUACCACCACCACCAACACCACCGGCGGUAGUAACAAUGUCGUACAUCCGGCACUGGUAGUCAGCAAUAGCCAACAUUGCGAUCGUACCACUCGUAUGCUGCUGGCCAUACUGCUGAUGUUUUUGAUAACCGAAUUCCCAUCGGGACUGGUAGCCCUGUUGGCCGGCAUACUGGGCGACAAGUUUCAGUACGCUGUCUAUCAUAAAGUAGGCGAACUAAUGGAUCUGUUAGCCCUGAUUAACAGUGCCAUCAAUUUUAUACUGUACUGUACAAUGAGCCGCCAGUUUCGGGUAACGUUUGCCAAAUUGUUUUGUACGUCGACGACGACCACUAUGACCACAAAUGACCAGACAAUGGCCGGCGGCGGCGGCGGUGCCUAUAAUGCCAACAAUCAGUCGACAAUGAUCGCCGGCGCCGUCACCAAUAACAACAUUAGUACAACAGCAGCUACCGGUGCUUGUCAUCAAGCGAAACAUCAGCAGCAGCAGCACCGACACCAACACAAGCAACAACAACGGCGCGAUAGUGUCGACCCGUAUACCUGUAAUACUACAUGUGUUUGAAGGACGACAUCCCCGACCCGAGCUCAAGGGACAGGGGCUGUGGGAGGGGUGGUUUGGUGUGUGUUUGGAAUGGGUUGAUGCGGGAGUUGUGUCUGUGUGUGUGUGUAGACACUGUAUCUAACAUACAUACAUACACACACACCCACCCAACGAAUCCAUUGUAAGGCCUCCUUCUCAGUGGUUUCUGAGAGAGAGAGAGAGAGAGA